UCCUUACAACAGACCGUUCAGAAAUGUUGAAGACGAUUGUACUUGCUGCCUGUGUCCUGACGAUUGUCAGGGCUCAAGUGCCUAGUUUAGGAUGGUGUCCGGACUACGUUCCUAUGGCUAAUUUUGAUAUGGCAAAGUUCCUGGGUACUUGGUAUGAAGCUGAAAGAUAUUUCCAACUUUCUGAGGUCGUUUCACGUUGCGUGAUGGCCAACUACUCUAAAGGGGCUGAUAACAAGUUGCGUGUUAGUAACGAAGUCACUAACAGAUUCACUGGAAUAAAACGGGUUUUAGAGGGUGAGAUUAAACCACCAGCAUCUAAAGCUGAAGAAGGAAAGCUGCACGUUAAAUACAGUCUUCCCCUCACUCCAGAAACAUCUUAUGCAGUGUUGGAAACAGAUUAUAAGAGUUAUGCUGUCUUGUGGAGCUGUACUGGUCUUGGACCGGUUCACACCCAAAAUGCUUGGAUUAUGACUAGAGAACGUCGUCCGCCGGGAGAAGUUUUACAAAAGGCUUAUGGAGUUUUGGAUAAAUAUAAGAUUUCCAAAACAUUCUUUGUAAAAUCUGACCAAGAAGAUUGUGCAUAUUUAGACACUCCACCUUCUAAAUUUGAUGAAAAACCAACGCCUGAACCAGUACCAGUUGAGGAACCAAUUGUUGAAAAUGUGUCAGAACAGAAACUAAGAACUGCAAUUAAUCCUGAUACACCAGAAAUUAUUUUAGAAACCAGAAAAGCUGAAUUAGCUGAAGCUGCUGCUGCUGCUGCUGUUGUGGCUAUGACUAAUGAUGAAGAAGACGAACCAAAAGAUGAACCUGCAAUCCAAGUUGUAAAAAAUGAACCUUCAAACAAAGAAGCACCUGAAGAUAAAAAAGAAGAACAUCAACAACAAGUACCUGUUUCAGUCGCUGAAAUUAUUAUCAAAACAGCAGAAAUCCCUGAAAAAGAAACUUCCAAACCAAAAGAAGAAGAACCCUCAUUAGUUCUUGCUGAUGCACCAAAAAUAGAAAAACCUGCAGAAGUAUUGAAAGAAAACAAAAAGCAAUAAACUUGAGUCGUACUAAUGUUGAUAUUAAAUUAUAAUAUUUAAGAUGAAAUAAAGAAACUAUAAGAUUACUAUUAUCGAUACAUAUAACUUGAAAGAAAAAAGAUUGACAAGUUGCCAGACUUGUAGCAGUACUUAAGAUAAAACCAGUCUCGUCUGUCAUGCAUCAAGUUCAAUAUUAUUCUCUGAGAUUACGUAUAGUUAAUGUAGACUGAAUGCCGAAAAAAUACGUAGUAAAAAUAAAAAAAAAACAAAACAAAUUAAAAUAAAAUAAAAAAUAUAUUAUAAAAUAUGUACAAAAUGAAAAAAAAAGU